UGGCGUCACUUUAAAGUGUAGGAGUCGAGAAACUUCACCCAUGUAAAUACGGUCAAAAAGAAAGCUGUGUGACACGCUUCAGACAGCAAGACACAGUUUAUAUAUAUAUAUUAACCAGAUUGUUUUAAAUAUGCCCCGGAAAAAGCCAUUUAGCAACAAACAGAAGAAGAAACAGCUGCAAGUGAAACGGGAGAGAAAGAGAGGUGACACAGGUUCUGGGCCUAGUAGUCGCAAUGCCAGUGUGGAGCGAGGAGGAGAGCGACAGUCAGAUACCUCUGACAGUGAGACCACUGAUAUUAGGAGAAUAAACCAGCAGCCUUUCAGCAGAGAAGGUAGAUAUGACCCCAACAGGUUCCGACUGCACUUUGAGAAAGAGAGUAAAGAGGAGGUGGAAAAGAGGAAGAAGAUGGCCAGAGAGAAGGUGUUGCAGCCAGUCUCAGACAAAGAACUUGAAGUCGGCAUCAACGACAUCUAUCCCUCAGAGAAAGGUCUUGGUUUCCCACGACGGCCGUCCUGGAAUUAUGAAAUGACACGAGAGAACCUGUUGAGGAAAGAGGAGAAGUCGUACAGAGAGUACCUGGAUGAUCUUCACUCCAGAAAUCCACUUGGCUCUCUCAGCCACUUUGAACACAAUCUAGAGACAUGGAGGCAGUUAUGGAGAGUGUUGGAGAUGUCCGAUGUCAUUCUGCUCAUUGUGGACAUCAGGCAUCCGGUGCUGCAGUUCCCUCCAGCUGUGUACCACUACAUCACAGGAGAUCUACAGAAGCAGGUGGUCCUGGUGUUGAACAAAGCCGACCUGUGUCCUCCCCCACUGGUGAUUGCCUGGAAACACUACAUGACCUCUCAAUUCCCGCACCUGCAAAUAGUCUGCUUCACCUCCCACCCUGGACAGCCCUACAGCACAGUGCUCCAGAAGAAGAGGAUGAGGAAGAAGGCUAACUGGAGUCAUGCUGGAGGUCCUAUAGAUAUCCUGAAGGCCUGUCAGGAUAUCACAACAGGGAGAGUUGACUUGUCCAGCUGGGAGCAGAAGAUCCAGAGAGAUGCUGUUGCAGAGAGAUUUGGUGGGGAACGUGCAGAUGACGGAGCGGAGUCGGUUCUGAUGGAGCAUCAAAGUGACAGUGCUAUGGAGAUGAGCAGCCUAUCACAGGAGCUCUACAAAGAUGGGGUUCUCACAUUGGGCUGUAUAGGCUUUCCAAAUGUUGGUAAGUCAUCUGUUAUAAACAGCCUGGUGGGGAGGAAGGUGGUGAGCGUGUCUCGAACCCCAGGCCACACCAAAUACUUCCAGACCUACUACCUCACCCCAACAGUGAAACUCUGCGACUGCCCUGGACUGGUCUUUCCCUCGCGUGUCAACAAACAGUUACAGAUUCUGGCUGGCAUCUACCCAGUGUCUCAGCUGCAGGAGCCCUACAGCUCAGUUGGUUAUCUGUGCGAGAGGACUGCGUUCCUCUCCGUGCUGAAGCUCCAACAUCCCAGUUUGAUGGAGCAUGAACCCCAUAACAGAAACCAGAGGUCUGAAGAGUUUAGCUGGACUGCGUGGGAUGUGUGUGAGGCCUGGGCAGAGAGGAGAGGAUAUAAGACAGCAAAAGCAGCUCGCAACGAUGUUUAUCGUGCUGCUAAUAGUCUCCUGCGGUUGGCAAUUGAUGGCAGAUUGUGCCUUUGCCUCAGACCACCUGGCUACAGCUGCCUCAGAGAGCAUUGGGAAAAUCACCCGGAUUUGCCAGAGAUUAUGGCUCUACAAGGACGGACGACAGAGGAGGAAGGGACAGGAGAGAGGGACGAUGAGGAGGACGGAGAGUCCAGUACCGAGCCAGAGGAGGAGAGAGACAGGGAUGCAGAUGAUGAUGAGGAUGGAGAUGGGGAUGAUGAAGAUGAGGGGUUUGGACAUCCAAGACGGAAGGACGAUAAGCCAUCUGGCUUCACCGUUAACAUGUACAAUGUCCUCCGGGAAAAUGAGUGUGAGUGAUAACAGAGGGAAAGAUGAGCAGGAAUAAGUUGUUUCUCUUCCCUGACUUUUCCCCAGUGCACUUUUCAUUCCUUUUAUUUGCCAAAACUUGCUUUCCUUCUGCGUAUCGACUCCUCAUAUCACUUGCUUCUCUGUACAUGAACAUGAUCUAUUCUAAUGAAUUCCCCCUGUCUCCUUCUCCCAAUAAUAUACAGAGCAUAUUCAUGUAUUCCAUGUUGUGCCUCUGCUCCGCUUGUUCUUUAAUGUUGCUUCUAGGAAUGGGUUUGGUUUGGUUUGAUUUAAUCUUUCUUUUUGCAUGUAGUUCUCAAAGACAAAUGAACAAGUUACUUCCCUAAGCCUGGAAUAAUCAACCAACUGGUUUUCAAUCUCUUUAUUGAUAAGUGACCUCACAGCUGAGAUGCCAAAGUUCAGGAAAGGUUGAAAAAACAAAUCAGAUGCACUGUCGAUAUGAUGUCAUUCACUGGAGCAGCCUUUUGGCUCACAGAGCAGCUUGAGAUUUAAGACCACAACUCUAAAUCUUCUUAUAGACCAUAGUAUGUCUCAACUUUGGUUUGGGUGUGGGAUGUGAUAUGAGCGAUAAAACCAAUAUUUCUUCACACAGUUUUUCAGUUACGAGUAUUACGAUUCUGUUAGAGGUUCAUUUCUCUGAACUUGGUUAUUAUUUAGAUGAUCCUGUAUUGAGAGUGGUAUUUUAUCAGGUGUGAUUCUACACAGUCAACAAUACGUUUCAGAAAAUUUCUGGGAUGGGGGGAGGGAAAGGGGUGUUGAAUCCUGUAUUGCUGGAAUAGGCUGUUUCAAGAAUUUAACCUGUAGUGUUUUAACUACUGCAAAAAUUAUCCUUAGAUGCUGAUGGAGAGCUACAGUAUUUAGAGUAGGAUUUGGCUACAGUCAUUCAAGUUUUAAUGCUAAUGGCAGCACAGUGGAACUGAGCCAUUUGAGACUGCUUAAAAAUCAGUUAUAGGUAUAGUUUGACAUAUUUGCACAUAUGUUUAUUGGCUUUCUUGCCAAGAAUUAAAUGAGAAGAUUGAUGCCGCUCACAUCUGUACGGCAAAUAUGAAGUUGGAGACAGGAGAUGGUUAGUUUAGCUUAGCUGGCUCUACCAGCACCUCCAAAGAUAACUAUUAUUAUUAUAUUUUGUUUGUUUAAGAUGUGAAAAAACCGAAGUGUAAAUAUUACACAUUGUGGAUUUACAGCAGGGUGUGUGUUGCAUUAUUUCUUGGUGCCAGGCUAACAGUGGAGAGCCCAGGUAGUUACUUCACCUGACUGAGUGUUAGAGGUCCUGGUAGUCUGAGUUUGUUACAUUUGGACAGAGCCAGGCCCGUUUCCAGUCUUUGUGCUAAGCUAAGCUAACUGGCUGCUGGCUGUGCUAUAUGAGAGUGGUAUCGAUCUUCUCAUCUGACUCUCGUCAAGAAAGUGAUAAAGUAUCUUUACCAAAAUGUCAAAACUGUUUCUUUAACCACACAGAAAGAGAGACUGGUCUCUACAGCUCCCAUCUGUCCUUCAUUAUAAAUAACAUUACACACUCCAUCUUUGCAAUGUUGUUGGUUUUAUGAAAUAUAAUUAUUACAGUGUUCAAAUUCAAAAUCUGGUCCUGUAAUGCUGUUAAAACACCUGCUACAGACAUUCCUUAUUCUUGGUCAAUACUUUUUUUUAUCUAACUUUCUCUUGAAACUAGAAAACUGGCAGCUGUCUGACCAGUCUCUCUCUCUCUCUCUCUCUCUCUCUCGCUCUCUCUUUCUUUCUUUCACUCUACCUCUCUCUCUCUCUCUCUCUUUCGCUCUACCUUUCUUUCUCUCUCUCUGUGUGUGUGAUGGCCCCGCUACAAUCCUGAGUGCUGUAUUAUUGUGUGCUGCUUCAUGUGUUCACUGAGGGAACCCUACAGCACAGUGCUGUGUUACCAUGUAAUGCAUCACACUGCAGCCACAUGCAGUCAUUUCUACCAUUGGUACAAUGUGAAGCAGUUACUCAACACUACCAUAAUGUUGGAGACAGCAGACUUUUUGCUGUGUUGAUGUGGAUUUUUGUUUAUUGGAAAUAUUCAAACUGGCGUUAUCUAGAGAAUGUGGUGUGAAGGCUUGAGGUGUGUUCAGGCUAUUUGCUGCAUUCCUCAUUUCAUUCCUAGUAUGCCUAAUGACGAACUGGACUGCUUUCUGCAAUAAAAGAAAAUAUUCCUCUAAA